AUGGGGCGCUCUCGGCCGUCGCCUCACACGCCCAUCCGCACCCCCUCCUCCGCCGCAGACAGUUUCGACCUCCGCUUUGUGCGGCUGUCCGGGCACCCUCGGCCGUCGCCUCACACGCCCAUCCACACCCCCGCCCGCACCGCGGCCAUUUUUGGCCUCUGUUUUGGCCACGACGCCGAGACGCCUGUGCGAGGCCCCACCGCCUGGAUUCGCCCGUGGUGCCCGCCUGGCGUCGAGCCUCAGUCGAUAAAACCCGCCAGAACGAAACAGACGCGCACGACGCUGACACCGUCUUCGUCACCACCUGAGGCGACAUCAGGAACGCCACAGGCGCCACAACGCCGCCCCUCGGCCAGCCUGCCACAGCAGCCGCCGAGGACGCAGAGCCUACCAGCUGCGGCCAUCACAGACACCGCUGAAGCAGUGUUGCUGCCGAAGCUAGGGGCGCCCCUCACGUGGCGGAGCCACUCGCGGCGCAAGCUGUGA